AUGCCUCCAGCGACCGCCUCCUCCGCCACUGCGGCCUCCUCCAAGGCCUCCAAGGUCCCGAAGGCCGCUAAGUCCAGCAAGGCCAGCACGACCUCCACACCCGCCCCUGUCCCCUCGACUUCGUCCCUCGCCCUGCCCCUUCCUGCCUCCUUCUCGCGCCCGCAAGCGACCAAGGCGGUCACUGCGCUUCUGUCACACGCGGCCAAGGCGGACAAGGAGCGCGAGGCGACAGAGCUGAUUCCGAGGGAAGAGUACAUUUGGCUGAAUGUCGGAUUGAAGACGGGGAGCAAUAAGAAGAAGGUCAUGCCUGUGCGAAUUCAACUCCCACACCCUCCUCUCCCCCCACCCCCCACCACCUCCGUCUGCCUCAUCGUCAAAGACCCCCAGCGGGAAUACAAAGACCUCCUCGCAUCAAGCGACAUCAAGUUUGUCUCGCGCGUCGUGGGCGUCAAGAAGCUCAAGGGGAAGUUUAAGCCAUUCGAGGCCAGGCGUGCAUUGAUGAAGGAGCACGAGCUGUUUUUGGCCGAUGAGCGGGUUAUGGGGUUGAUGCCGGAAUUAUUGGGCAAAAUCUUCUACGAGUCCAAGAAGGUGCCUAUACCUGUCAAUCUGAAGCAAAAGGAUUUGAAGAAGGAGUUGGCUCAGGCUAUUGCCAGCACAUAUAUGAUCCCAUCUACCGGAACACAAAUAUCAAUCCGGAUCGCCACCCUCUCAUCCUCCUCCGCCGCCCAGACCCUCGAAAAUCUCCUUGCCGCCAUUCCUCCCGCCGUCGCUGCCCAAAACGGCGGAUGGGAAAACAUCCUCUCCCUCGGUAUCAAAACCUCCACUUCGGUUCUUCUCCCAGUAUGGGCCGCAACUCUGGACGGGCGGUUCGACCUCGCGCAAAAAGAGGCAGAAGCGGCCGCGGCGGAGAAGGAGAAGAAGGGGGCGAAGCGCAAGUCUGUGGAGGCGCCAAAAGCACCAGCGGCCAAGGCGGUCGCGCCGGUCAAGGCGGACGCAGUCAAGGGGGCAAAGAAGGCGGGCAAGAAGAGCUCGACGAUAGGUUCGGGAGGUGCAGGCAAGAAGGCCAAGGAGGCGGUCUUGGGCAAGAAGGCAUAG